AUGAAACCAUGGACAGGCCUAGUCUGCUUACGCAUUUGGUACCUGCUAGGAAGAAGCAUGUUAAGUGCUACGAACGAGCUGCCAGCUACCGAAACAAAUUUGAGUCUGUGCAAAAAUAAUGAACACGGUACUUGUACUACAAACGAACAGAGGUUCUUGCACACGUGUCAGCAUCAACUUAGCCCAAAACAAUUUUAUGAGGCAGUCUCUAAGCACCCGCAGGCUCUUCCACAUCUUGCGAAUGCCGGGUAUAUUUUGAGGUGCUACUCAAAUCGACUGCUUGCAUUCAUCAGCCAGGCUAAGGUCUUCGGUUUAGAGAACAACUUUCGAACGCCGACACUAAGCGGCUAUUUCAGGUUUAGAAUACACGAAUUGAUGGAGGAGAAGCAUCAACGCAGGGAUAGGAUGCCAUCACAUGAGGUACUGGAGCUUUGCAACGCGAUUCUCAUUGAAAUUCUGAAAAAUUGGUCAGGCUCUGCGAACGAUGGUCCUAUAAUGAACUUAAGGGGUGAUGAAGUACGGUUUUGGUCCACGAACGCAAAGUUCUAUCAGAACUUCGAAGAAAAACUGAGGGCAUUCGCUAGCAAUUUCAACAGGUUUGAGUUAAUGCAGGUUGAGAGGAACGUACAGGAUGGUAUGGUGCAGCUGGCAGGCGGUGGAAGUGUGCGGGAUGAUGCGGGGCAGUUUAUCGGUCUUGGGUUUGUGCGCACAUAUGCCGGGCCUCAAUCGCUGAAGAAGCACGGGUGUAAAUUCAAUGGCCAAUAUACGGUGUCUACGCAGUGCACAGAGACGAACAGCGCAUUAAGAAAGCGCAAUGAGCGCGUAAACAAAUUAGUUUGGGCUGGCACAGGCAAAGUGCUCCGAUCAAAUGACACGAAAUUCGUAUCUCUUGCCAACCCGGACGUACCAAUCAAAAAUUCGGAUCGGUGCACCAGAGGUAGAACGGCAAGCGAUCAUCAACGCGUGCCGGGCCCAUCGCAACGGUUGGCCAAGCAUGCAGCGCGGAGCACACCGGCAACCGCUGAGCAAACUCACCUAGCAAUUGCAUGGGCUGCUCGGGAUGGGAUCACCGGUGAUGACCCUCUGUGUGCUGAACCAGCAAAACCGUUUACGUAUCCUAACCAGGAUGGUAGGAGCAACGUAAAUGAUCGGGCAGAAAGCAUCAACACGAACGCGUGCCCACGUGUAGUAUCGAAGGCAGAGCAUUUGCACAGCCUUCACCGUCAUGCACCGCCAUCCUAUUUCAUCAUAACUCACCAAAUAAUUCUGCAUUACACCUUUAAAACCUACGUACGUCCACCAGGAGAAGAUGACGGUAUCGCGGCUAUUACGGUUGCUGAGCUCACAGAAACGGCUGGUCUUGAUGAGCACAUCAAAUCGGAUGACAGCGGGGAGUGCCCGAAUGAACGCACGGUGAGCCGUUGUAGCUCACUUCAUGACCAGGCACAUGCAGAGAUAACACCGGGUACGGUUUACGAACGCACGGUGAGCCGUUGUAGCUCACUUCAUGACCAGGCACAUGCAGAGAUAACACCGGGUACAACGGCACCAAGCGUGCACGCCUCAGUGGUACCCGAGUGUUUUAGCGCGCGUGAAAAUUUUUUCUCAGUCUGCAGCACCGAUGCGGGCAUGGCUCACUGGCACGAUGUAUCGAAAUCAAUUCUUGGCGAGUGGCCGAAGAGCUUGGAGGAGAUUGCGCAUGGCCCGCCGUUGAGUGGAUUGACCUGUGCCAUAGUAGCGCUGAGGACCGCGCCCUCUCACUUGGGCACCAACCAAGCCGAUAAAGAUGCUCAACGUGCAGUCGUAGCAAAAUUCGAAUUCUACCGCGAGCAUCCGAUGCAUGCGGGUGUUGCACUCGAAAUGUACGGCUUGGUUGGUUGUUCUGGCCGCAGUUUAGAUCGCAUGCCGCCCAUGGACCAAGGAAUGGUGUCGUUCAUGGAAAAGUGCAUUAACGAGGGCUACAGGGCAUCGAAUUGCAGUGAUUGCACGCUGUGCAUCGGUCAUAUCCCUGCUACCGAUGUUAGCUCAACCUUGAGAGGGGCCGUUCGUAACAGAUCAAAGUACCAUUCCAUGGUGUGUGGUGAAAAUGCACGCAAUGAAUCGUUCCAGCACCCGAGUGAUAAUUUGGGCGUUUUCUGUGCGAUUUUGCGCAUUGUUGCGCCAAACCCUCAGCUGUCUCGCACCAAUGUUGGCCAUUCACUUGCAGAUCGAGGUGGAAUGCCCGAUCCUGUGCCGAGGGCCACACACGAAUCGAUAAAUGCCUUAGAAAGCAGAGACACACACGGAUAUAGCGAGUGUGGUGGGUGGGUAGCUGUGCAUCAAGCUAUCAACAGCGCCAAUGAUUUGUGCGAUAAGGCAUGCACUGCAGAAAGCGAAGCAGGAGGUGCUUUGGCGGGCCUCCACGCAGAGAAGCGGUCCUCAGGCGGCAUCACAGGAGUUCCUUGCCUUUUAGCCACAGACAACGAGGAAGGUCCUGCGCACCACGGCAAAGAAAAAGACAAGGACUCAGACCAUUCCUGUGGCAGUAUGACUGGAAAUAACAGCGAUUCUGAGGAUGGCUCUCCAUCCCCUGCAGAAUACACCGGUGUCUAUGCUGAUGAUCCUCUUGCUGAAAAGAAACAUAAUCAGUGCCAGGAUGACUGCACGACGAAACGAUGCUCCGAACCAACACCGCAUGCAACGUUUAACGGUACCGGUGCCGCAAGAGCUGCGCAGGUCAACAAAAAUGGUGCGUUACGCCAGCGGCUAGGAGCAAGGAACACCCUUCGUGAUGACUGCAGACCGCAGAAUGUGGUCCGUUCAAACGCACAGGUGUUAAAGGAAAGGGUUGAAAGCACUCCACCGGUUCCUGGGCCGUGCGAGCACAGCACAUCAUACGAAGACUACGUGGUCAAAAACGGUCAUCGCUUGCGAAAGGAUGCCAAUCCGCCUGUACCACGUAAUAAAGGGAAAUGCGACACGCUAUCUCCAACAGAACAUGGAGAAGUGAUGGGCAAUGAAAAUGAUGUACCGAGCCGUAUCGGUCACGGGAAUGGCACGGUAGGACGACAUAGAAGCGAUUUGCAUGGCGUUGUUCCUGAAGAUAAAACCGUUCGUAGAGCCGUGGGCUGCGAUCCUCGUAAAAUAACGAAAAUUUUGAGCAGAGCAUCGUGUAAAGAAAUCGGUCCAUGCGUAGCAAACGCUACGAGCGGUAACGAAGAGGACUGCCACCGCAAUCCCAGCACAAAUCAUGCGCAGUGUAAACACCGACUGGUUUUGCGUGGUGCAGCCGUUGAUCAUGCCCAGAAAAGAAGUACCUGCCAGGAUUUACCCAUUACCGAUUUAGAAGGACACGUACCGGACGAGAGCGGCAAAAGGGCACAAACCGUACACAAACGUUUACCCGUAGCAACAUCCUGCGGCAGCCGUGCAUCCGGUUCCAAUCCAAGCAGAGAUUCUCGGAGAGAAAGUGCGACUUUGCACGCAACUCGUGCACGAUCGCGCUUCGGUACGGAAUGCAGCUGCGAUUACCAUUUGAGUGGCCCUGAAAAACUUUCGUGCAGCUCAGGAUUCAGUUAUGGUAACGAAGAGGAGGCGCUCUGGCACUGCAACACGAGUAGCUGCUGGUGUCGCAAUGAAGGAUAUCCCUGUACGGAUGGAGGAGAGGCCUUUGUGCGGUGUAAGACGUGCAGCGAUAAACGGUACGCACAACUUUUCUGUCCGUGUAACUUUGAUGCGCAAGCGCACCGCUACAGCGGUUGCAAUGAGCCCGAGGAAACGGAAAGAUCGCAGAGCACUGCAGAACAAAGCGAGAACGGUAGUUCAUUUGCACGGAUGAGCGAUAAACAAGGAAAAAAUGAUGAAUCGUAUGCACGAAGGAAUGGUCUGUUCAUGACUGUUCUUCUUGCGCUCAUCACUUUCGUAGGUGCGUGUUUGUUAAUUUCUAUGAUGUACUGGGUGUUGUAG